AUGGGCGAUCCUCCGCUUCCUCCCGACAAGCGCGCGAGAAUUCACAAGCUGGUAGAUGACUUCUUUGACCAGGAGCAGACGGCAGACCAACAGAACAGAGCCAUAAUGAUUAAGAAAACAUUAUCGGCGGAUGUCGUGUUCCUAAGCCCGAAACCCAUCCUCCCAGCCGAUGAUAUCGCAGAACGACACGCACAUGCCAAAGACAUCCAGAAGAAAUUGCAAUCACGCGAACCGGGCUUUUCCCUGACAGCGAUUCAGGUGGCUGUAAUCCUUACUGUUCCUUUGAGUCAACUGCGACCAAAUGGCAACUUGUCUGCAACUACGCAGAGUUUGGCGCUGCUAAAGAAAACGCUCAACGAGUUGGUUAGACUCUCGCACCAUUAUUUAAACAGGUACACCGAUGCACAGUUUAAAGAAGACUCGACCAACAACUCGACACAACCCCCAUCAAAGAAAUCCGCAUCCGUGUCCAGCAAAAGAGGCAGCAACAAGCGCCCUUACACCGAAGACGAGAAGGAUGGGAACUACAAGCCAGAUGACAAGCCACGCGGCUCAGCGACCAAAAAGGCUGUUCAGAAACGGGAUGGCAACGCUUGCGUCUUCCUACGAACAAGCAAUCCAGAGGUUGCCCAUAUAAUUCCAGUUAGCUGGAAUUUAACUGAUCCCCAGAUCCGAAAGACUGAUAGUCUUUUAUUUGCGAUGCAGACCUUAAUGGCAGAGAAGAACAGAGAGGAAGAUUGGGCAUCUACCAACAGCCGUCUGCUCGCCGAUGCUACAAAUCCAGGAAGCUCUGACCAUCCAUGGAAUGCUAUCUGCAUGAACCAUCAACUCCAUUUCUGGUUUGACCGCGGACUUAUCGGUCUGAAGUUUCUUGGCAACCAGCCUAUUACAGACGAUCCUCCCAUGUCUCAGGUUGACAUUCAGUUUAACUGGAUGAUGCGCGAUGAUCGUAAGCGAGCGAGAGAUAUGCAUAUUGGCGGGGAGAACGACAGCUUUAUGGAUAUGGUUACAACAGUUCGCACAUUCCAGGACAAGAACAAUCCUGCUCCUCAACUGCCAUCCCAGGAUGGGAUAGUAGCGGCACUCCAUGCUAAGAAUGGCGUCCCUCUUGUCUCAGGGCGGUGUAUCAAGAUGGAAGUACCAACUGGGGAUGUCUCUAAGCUCCAAACAGUACUGGAUCUCCAGUGGGCUUGUGUCAAGAUUGCAACUAUGGCUGGUUCUGCGGGUUGGCCAGAGUUCCCUCCUGAUCCUGAUGAGGAGGGAGAUGCAGCACCUACGGCGGUUCGAGAAUGGGUAUUGGAGCAGUCAGUUCUUGCCAUGCAGCAACCUGACAUACCACCCUUGCAAACAACAACAAACCGACCACCUAGAGGUAGUUCGCCUUCUAAGACACGACAUGAUGACCAGGCCAGGCAUAGUUCAGAUGGCUCUCCUACCAAGUUAAGCCUCAGAGUUCAGACCAGAGACAGUUCGCCCAGCAAGGUCAGCCGGACAGAGCAGAGCCAAGGCCAGCAGCAACAGCCUCAAGCAAGAGGAUCGGAAAACGUUCGCCCUCAUGACAUGUAA